AUGCUUAAUGUUGAAUUACUGUGUGACCGCAUGGCGAGGGCGAGUCUGCAGAAGCGUCGCGACGGGGAGACUGAACGACAAGAGCGGAUUUUUAAUGACAAAGUCAGGACCAUCGGGGUUGACAAGGAAGCCCUGGAUAUGCAGGUGAAAGAGAGGAAGAAACGAGAAGAGGCAGAAAAGGAGAAACAAAACGCAUGCGAUGCUGAUUUGCGCCAUAAUAGCAAAGUAGCUUGCAUUCUCCAUAGCAGGGAAGUGAAGGAGAAGCAUGCCAUGGAAAAGGCCAUUGUCAACUACCGCCAUCAGUACCAGCAGCCUUGGUGCCAGCGGGAGUAUGAUCUGAACGACCCAGACCGCUGUAGAAAAACAGACAAGGACGAUGCACAGAUGAUGCCCCCAGGCCUAGUGGGCGAGGACCCAGAUAGUAAAAACAGAGUGCAGAGGCAGAGGGAGCAGCUCAGAGAGUGGCUCAUCCAGCAGCAGAGUGAGCGCGCAGCAGAAAGGCAUCAACAAAAGUUGGAAGAGCAGCACUAUGACCAAAGCAGAGUAGAGAUGGACAACAAAGCUCUGCAGCUUCAGAGCCUUGAGAUGAAGAGGAGAAAAGCAGAAGCCAUUGCCACCAAAGAGUAUAAUCUGGCCAAGACUGAAGAGAAGCGUCGUCAGGAGCAGAACAGAGCAGACAAAUCAAACCAACCGGAAGGACAGCUGAAAGGUGUAGAUGUCAAACCCACCCUGGACAUGGUGGGAGCAGCAAGUCUCUUUCCCAGCAGGUAUAGGAGAGCCCCUCCGGAGAGCCUGCAGCAGGUCAUCCAGUUCCAGAAAUACCAAAUAGAGGAGAGAAAGAGGAUAGAAUUAGAGAAGAAGCAAGAAGAGACGCUGCAUGAUCACGUUCGCUUGGCCUCGGCUCGUACGGCUCUGCUUAUAGAGAGGCAGCAGGCAAAACUGAACAAGCAGAUGAGACGACACCUGGACAGCACCAACAUCAAACUGGCCGAAACACACAAACAGCUGAAACCAGACAUUGAAAGAGGAUGCAUUGAUGACAACUUCUUCUCCAAAUUCAACACCUGCAGCAGAUGACGGAUGACACACUGCACU